CAGAUCUGCACCUGAGACCACGUUUGGCCUGAGAGUGUUUGUACACAAAAUCUACAGCCUCCAUCUUUGAUCUGAUCCUGAGAACAAGACGAUGGGUAACUAUCUGGAUGACGUGAGUAGGCGUAACGAGAGUAGAGCGAAGAUGGAGAAGGAGAAAAAACUGGACGAUUUCAGGAAGAAAAUCCCCAAGGGUCUAGACAUGACCGUAGACAAGAGCGUUGUGAUAUUCACCAGUCUUUCUGCUUCAGACGGUCUGAGACAACACUACGAGAAGAGGAAGAUGGAGGCAGGCGACUGUGCCCCGGACUGGAUCAAGAGUCUGGCGGAGAAGAUGGCUGGCUUAAGUUCAGCUCCGGUACUGGCCGGACUUGGCGCGUUCGCCGUCGCUGUCUACAUCGACACAGUUUUCUUCAGUCCUCCCGAGGAGAGCACGAAGAACGCUCUGCGAAGCGUGUUUGCCGAUGAGAAGGCCUCGGAGGUCUGGGAUCAGAUCGAUGAGUGCCUGAAGAGAUGCGUGAUGCACCUUUGCGACAACAACAAGCUGACAGGUGACAUCGAGCGGAUCGAGUACCUGCUGAGUGCCGCCCUCACCAAGCUGAAGAACUCCAUGGUGAGGGACGGGCAUAUGUCGUCCUCGGCUCUGAAGGCCUGGGUGAACGGGGCGGCCUUCCACAUCCAGAUGCUGAUUCACCUAGUGAGACUCGGAGGGAUUCGGACCUGCAAACCCGUAGAGACACUCCUCUCGACUUACCAGAGCGACCUGGAGACGCUGCUCACCGAGCACAAAAAGAUGGUCCGGGCAAAGUGCAAAUUCAAGGAUAUUCAAGCCUACAUGGAAAUCAGGUGGAGAUUUCUGGUGGAUGAAGAUUCAGUGCGGCACGAUCUUGAGGACAAUAUCCCCGUCGAGAAAUAUUUCGAGGUUUAUUAUGAUCAAAGGUACGACAGACAGAAGGCUGAGAUCCAGCUGUACUUCAGGGACGUCAGUCAAAACCUGCAGAAGCUGGUUGAACAAAGAGGCUCCUUUAAUGUCUAAUGAGAGAGAGGCUGACAGAUCUGAAGACCAGAAGAACGUGACCGUUAUCACACUGGAGCAUCUCAUUCCUUCGUGACAUCAACAUAACUAAGAGCUGCUGUGGUUGUACUAACAACAUGCUUCAUAUUGUUGAGGUAUCCGUCAAAAAUGACAGAGACAUACUACACCCAAAACAUAUAUCUCUAUUUUUCUAUAAAAUAAUUGAUACAGCAAUUGAGUAAUACAACAUAGGACGUAACAAUAGUUCCUAUCGCAUAUAAAACCA